CGCCGCCUCUUCUAUAAAGACGCCUGCCCAUUGUGUAUGCGUGUGUCGAAUCCGCACCGGAGUAGAUCAGAUUCUCUCCAAGAUCCUAGGAAUAGACGUGGCUGAUUCACUGGGCCUUUCAUCCAAUGGAGAAGAGGGAGGAGGAGAGCAAGGCCCCGCUGCUGGAGCCCAGGUCCGCGGCGGCGGCGGAGAAUGGCGGGAGUGACAUGGUCGGCGACGGAGGGGCGGAGGAAGAAGAGGAGGCGGGGCUGCGGCGUCAGCUGGUGGAGGAGAACCGGAAGCUGUGGGCCGUGGCGGGGCCGUCCAUCUGCACGCGCUUCUCCACCUUCGGGGUCACCGUGAUCAGCCAGGCCUUCAUCGGCCACAUCGGCCCCACCGAGCUCGCCGCCUACGCCCUCGUCUCCACCGUCCUCAUGCGCUUCAGCAACGGCAUACUCCUGGGCAUGGCGAGCGCGCUGGAGACGUUGUGCGGGCAGUCGUACGGGGCGAAGCAGUACCACAUGAUGGGCAUCUACCUGCAGCGGUCCUGGAUCAUCCUCAGCGGCUGCGCCGUGCUCAUGCUCCCCAUCUUCAUAUUCACCGAGCCGCUGCUCGUCUUCAUCGGCCAGGACCCCACGAUCAGCGCCGUCGCUGCAACCAUCUCCAUCUGGUACAUCCCCGUCAUGUUCGCCAGCGUCGUCAACUUCACGCUCCAGAUGUACCUGCAGGCGCAGAGCAAGAACAUGAUCAUCACCUACCUCGCCUUCGUCAACCUCGGCAUCCACCUGUUCCUGUCGUGGCUCCUGGCCGUCAAGCUGCACCUUGGGCUCGCCGGGGUCAUGACCUCCAUGGUCAUCGCCAUGUGGAUCCCUGCCAUUGGGCAGUUCGUCUUCGUCCUCUUCGGUGGCUGCCCUCUGACGUGGACGGGCUUCUCCUUCACAGCACUCACCGACCUCGUGCCUAUCUUCAAGCUCUCUCUCUCCUCUGGCGUGAUGCUCUGUUUGGAAUUGUGGUACAGCACCAUACUGGUGCUCCUAACCGGGUACAUGAAGAAUGCAGAGAGUGCACUUGACGCUCUAUCAAUAUGCCUAAACAUCAAUGGUUGGGAGAUGAUGAUUUCUAUCGGCUUUUUGGCCGCAACAGGAGUGCGUGUGGCAAAUGAGCUCGGAGCUGGAAGUGCAAAAAGGGCCAAGUUCGCCAUCUUCAAUGUCGUCGCCACUUCUUUCUCGAUAGGCCUUGUGUUGUUUGUGUUCUUUCUUUUCUUCCGUGGGAAGCUUUCCUACAUAUUUACCACAAGUGAGGAGGUAGCUGCCUUAGUUGCUGACUUGUCGCCUCUUCUGGCCUUUUCCAUCUUGCUCAACAGUGUUCAGCCAGUGCUAUCAGGUGUUGCUGUUGGUGCGGGUUGGCAAAGUGUCGUUGCCUAUGUUAACAUCACAACAUAUUACUUGAUUGGUAUCCCUCUUGGAGCAAUCCUAGGUUAUCUUCUUGGAUAUCAUGUGAAGGGCAUUUGGGUUGGCAUGCUGCUCGGAACACUGGUCCAAACAAUUGUACUUCUGUUCAUAACAAUUAGGACUGACUGGGAUAAACAGGUGGAGGUUACUCAGGAUAGAUUGAAGAGGUGGUACAUGGACGGGAACAAUGGAAAGUCAGAUUCAACGUCAAGUCCGUGAGAGUAAAAAUCUGGCACAAGUAAUGAAUCGCCAUCAAGGUAGAACAUAUAUGCUCUGCUUCAUCGGAGUUCGCAGCAUUUAAGAGGUUAACUACGGUUCUUUCAACAUGUCAAGAGUGAAUAGACGGAACAUUUGUAAGCGCAGACGUGUCAGAGGUUGUUGAGUAUCGUGAUUAGUUAACAAACAAAAGGAAGAUUAAAAAUUAUUCUAGCUUGUCUUGUAAUCUAAAUUAAUCAUGUAUUUAUAUAUAUAUAUAU